AUGGAGUCUGCGGAGGACGUUGUUGCAACUGCUCUUGACACUGUAAAAUCUGCUGCUUUAACUCCCACUGAGCACUUGCUGUUGAAACGAUUCUUGGAUAAGGCCCAAGACUCGAGCUGUGCAGCUAUAUACCUCCUGCGAAAGGUGGAAGAGAACCCAAGCCGCAGCGUUGAAGCAAACCUACGUGAAUUCAAGAAAGACUGGAGGCGAUUGAAGCUAACUAUGGUGCUUGAAGUCACAAAACAAGAGGAUAUACCAUUACCAUCGCAAUGUCUCCUAAAAAGCCGGGAUAUGCAGAAUUGCUGUUGCAUGGUCAACCGUCGUGGACGUCUCGCUGCGAAUGCAACAUUUAAUGUUGAACCCGCAUGGAUUAUACCCCCUUCAAUCUUCCAUGACGAUGAAUUGGCAUAUGAGGUGGGUAGCCCUCACCGCUGUCGGGUCCUUGGAAUACUCUCGUCUAACAAGAAGUGA